UGAAUUUAUUUGAGACAAAGAAAAAGAAGAGAACAGAAACACACAACACAAAAUGAUGGAGAAAUUUUGGUGAAUAAGACAACUCACCAUACCUUCCAUCCCAAUAGGUCAAGCACAAUCACACCAUCACACAAUUUCUCCAUUGCUUUUUCUCUUUUCCUUUCUUCUCCAACCCAACCUUUUUUCUCUGCACAAACAAACUUAUUAUUCUCUUUAUCUCUCUCCCAACCGACCAAUCCAUAAUACACUCAUACAACAAAUGCAACUGUGUGAGUAAUUCUGUUUCUAUGAACAGAAUCCUUCUACCCCAGUUCUUUUUUAUGCUUAAAUUUUUCUUCUUCUUCACUCUACCAAUUCAAUUUGCAGAGCUUUUCUUUAUUAAUGAACUGGGUUUUCCCUAUUUUUGACUUUGGGCUUUUCUUUUGACUUCCUGAAUCUGAGGUGAGGUGAGGUUGGUUUCUCUUAUCUAGAAAGUCUGAGUCUUUAGGGGUUUUCGUUGCUUUUUGUCAUCUGGGAUUGUUAGGACUUGCUGCAAGGUCAUGCCACCUGCGCUUUCCGAUCCGUUGUCAGCGAUUACAGCCACCUCCGACGCCGUUUUGAAGCCAUCGGCACCGGAGGAUCGGCGCUUCCAGGAUCUUAGAGGGCUGCAGUGGCGGAUAAAUCUUGGCGUGUUGCCGUGUUCAAUUUCGACUUCAAUUGAUGAUUUUCGUCGAGUCACUGCCAAUUGUAGAAGAAGGUAAAUCCUCAGCUACAUUUGAUGUUUUUAGUUUUAUUUUUCAGUGUGUAAUUUUGAUGAUAAUGUUUUUUUGUGUGUGAAGUGUGUUUAUCGGGGAGAUAAAUUCGUGGAAAUAAAGAAUUUUUCAUCGCUUUGACUUUGGGUUGUAUUCAUUAGGUUAAGGGCAACACUAUUCACUAUUCAUCACGAGUGUAGAUUGUUACAUCAACAAUUUCAUUCGUGGAAAAUCUAUAUGAUUAAUCUGUUCUUUCUCUGGUAGUGAGGAUUUCUUGCUGUGUGUUUGAUGAAUUCUGUGUUUGCCUUGCAUUUUGAUAAUGUGUUUUUCUUGUUAGNUAUGCUAGCUUGAGAAGACNCCUUCUGGUUGAACCACAUGUUCCAAAGAAUGNGAGUAAUUNACNCAAUCUUGACAUUGACAAUCCACUUUCACUAAAUCCAGAUAGUACAUGGAGUCGCUUUUUCCGUAAUGCAGAGCUGGAGAGAAUGGUUGAUCAGGAUUUAUCACGACUAUACCCAGAACAUGGCAGUUAUUUUCAAGCACCAGGAUGCCAAAGCAUGUUGAGACGAAUUUUGUUGCUGUGGUGUCUCAGGCAUCCAGAAUAUGGAUAUAGACAAGGAAUGCAUGAGUUACUUGCUCCUCUGCUUUAUGUACUGCAAUCUGAUUUGGAGCGCCUCUCAGAAGUUCGGAAGCUUUAUGAAGAUCACUUUACAGAUAGAUUUGAUGACCUUUUAGGUCAAGAGAAUGAUCUUUCUUACAGCUUUGAAUUUAGAAAGUCUCGAGAAUUGAUGAGUGAUGGAUUUGAUUCCCAUGGAAAAUCCAUUAAAGUCAAUAGUCUUGAUGAACUUGAUCCUGAGAUACAGACCAUUGUAUUACUAAGUGAUGCUUAUGGAGCUGAAGGUGAACUGGGCAUUGUUUUAUCUGAGAAAUUCAUGGAACAUGAUGCAUACUGUAUGUUUGAGGCUUUAAUGAACGGGGCUCAUGGUUCAGUUGCAAUGGCUGAUUUCUUCUCUUCCUCACCUAUAUCCGGGUCCCAUAGUGGCCUUCCUCCUGUGAUUGAAGCUUCUACGGCAUUGUAUUAUUUGUUGUCUCAGGUAGAUUCAUCUCUUCAUAGCCAUCUUUUUGAUCUUGGAGUUGAACCCCAGUACUUUUCUCUUCGAUGGUUGCGAGUUUUAUUUGGUCGGGAGUUUUCACUUGGCAACCUUUUGAUCAUCUGGGAUGAGAUAUUUGCAUCCGAGAAUAACAGCAAUGGAAAAGGUUCUGAUGACUGUGAGUUCAGAAUCUUAAGUUCACCCCGUGGAGCAUUUAUCUCAGCUAUGGCAGUGGCAAUGUUAUUGCAUUUAAGAUCUUCACUGCUUGCAACUGAAAACCCUACAAGGUGUCUCCAGAGAUUAUUAAACUUCCCUGAAGACAUUAAUAUCCAAAAACUACUAGAGAAGGCCAGAUCCUUGCAGGCUCUUGCUCUAAGUGUUGAUAUUUCAACCUCGUCACUUUUGUAUAUCGGGUUCCAUUACCAAAGUAAAUCGAAGUAUAGUAGAUCUGUGACCCUUCCAUCUGAAUCUCUGUCUCCGAAAACUCCCCUGAGUUUGGUACCUGAUAGCUACUGGGAAGAAAAGUGGAGAGUUGCCCAGAAGGCUGAAGAACAAAGGCAAGAUGGUCGAGAAAAACAGGUUCCAACUCGGAAAAAGGGAUGGACAGAAAAAGUAAAAUUCAGUUUGAGAAGAGCAGAAUCUGACCCUCCUAGGUCAAGAUUGAGUGGCAAAAAUUUUAGGCGCAAUUUGUUGCAAGAUCUGCGCAAGGCACUUGGCUCAGAUGAUGAUGCAGAGAAAAUGCAGCCAGAUGAAACCAUAUGCCAGAAUGAGAAUCCUUCUGAAGCAAUUCAAGUACAAGAAGACGGUAGCUUCAAUGGUGACAACAAUUAUUCAUCUGAUGAUAGAUCUCCAGGUGUACCUUUUGGCAGUGAGGAAGACUUGUCUAUAUAUUCUGACCCAACUAGCCCCCCCAAUGAGGCCAAUGAUCAUGAAAUAAUCUCAGGGGAAAUUAGUGUUGCAUCUAAUUCAUCCCUGUUCGAACGCAAUGAAACAUCAGGUAUUAGUUCGCCAUUGCCAAUGCCCUAUCCUCCUGAGGACAUUUAUCAGACAUCGUUCUGCAAUACAGGAAAUUCUGAAUGCAAUGAAACUUCAGAUACCAGUCCCAAUGAUCAAUCCCGUCCAAUCUCUGAUCUUCCUGAGAACAUUUCUCAGAGAUCAAUCUGCAAUACACGAAAUUCUGAACGCAAUGAUUCACCCCUUCCCAUCUCUUAUUCUCCUGACAACAUUUUCUGGAAUACAGGAAAUUCUGAAUGCAAUGAAACUUUAGAUACCAGUCCCAAUGAUCCAUCCCUAACGUCAGGGUGCAAUAACAAUAAUGCUGAAAAUAAAGCCACACCUCCUAAAGAGAAAAAGCAUAAUAAGUUCCAGUGGCUUUGGCCCUUUGGACGGAAUACUGUUGAGGCUAUAUCUGAGAAAGCUGGUGGUAGCUCUCAAAACAGUGCUCCACAAGCCACCUCAUCCACAACUAAUGACCAUGGUGGUUCUGUUAGCUCCAGAGGAGAAUCGGUCGACCAGAAUGUUAUGGGCACUUUGAAGAAUAUUGGGCAGUCUAUGCUUGACCAUAUUCAGGUAAUUGAAUCUGUCUUCCAACAAGACCGCAAAGGCCAGGUUACUGCCAUGACAGCUCUCAAAGAGCUUCGGAAAAUUAGCAAUCUUUUGUCAGAGAUGUAGAUGAAUCGUGUAUAUAUAUAUAUAUAUUAUACAUAUAAAUAAUGUGAUUACAAUUCAUUAGGGCCAACGGAAUUAAGUUCUUCUGCUUCUUUCUGAACUCCACCAAAAUUUUGCAGAGAUGAAUUUGUAAAUAUAUUUAUUCGGGUUUCAUAAUAAAUAGACUUGCAUUUAUGAUUA